AUGGCUUCCAACGGAGAGUUGUCAGAUAUCCAAGGUGUCGACACUUUUGUUUCGCGCAACAAGCAAUGGAAAGUCACUACGCGCAAGAGACCUAUCCUCAAGGCUGGCCCUAUCGAUGCUAUGAACGAGAAGCUCGGUAUCCCUGUACCUGAAAUGAUCUUCGGCGACAACGUGGUUGCUAUUGAGCAUGUACCUUCUGGAUGGGCCACUGACUUCAAUGCUUUCGAUGCCCUUGACCGCGUCUCUAAAACUGCCCAUGGCAUGUUGCAGGUUGCGUAUUCAAAGGAGUGGCAGAAAGACCGCCAACAUCAUCACGAAGGAAUCAAGGAGGUCGUCAAACCGUUCGACUGGUCGUACAGCACAGAUUUCAAGGGCCGCACUCAUAGCCCGGAUCCUAAUGUUGUCUGGCAGCCAACAGAUAGUUUCAAGGAUCCCAUCAGGACUGACCUUCUCUCGCGUCCGGAUCCCAUACUUUUCUACGAUGAUGUUAUCUUCUACGAAGACGAACUGGCUGAUAAUGGCAUCGCCAUAUUCAGCUGCAAAAUUCGCGUGAUGGCUGAGCGUCUUCUCCUCUUGUGUAGGUUCUUCCUGCGUCUAGACGGUGUCAUUGUGCGCGUCAGGGACACGAGGGUCUAUAUCGAGCUGGGCUCCAAGACCGUCAUACGACAGUACACUGCCAAGGAAGAAUCAUAUGAUGUCGUCCAAUCCAAGCUGCAGAUGCACAGAGAGAAUGUCCCAGAGGUCCUGCGUGAUGCUAAUCGCAUUGCCCCUCUUCUCCGGACUGUUGAGGAUACCAUGGAGAAAGCUGUUAUUCCCUGA